UUUGCAUCAAAAAUCACUGCAGCCUGCAGCAACAACAUAAAAAAUGCCCAAGAUCUGCGACCUGAUAGCCGAGAAGGCGAAAGCGGGCGAGGACUGGGUCUCCUACGAGUUCUUCCCGCCGCGCACCGAGCAGGGCGUCAAGAACCUGGUGGCCCGGUUCGAGCGCAUGAAAAACGCGCGCCAGCCUCUGUUCUGCGACAUGACCUGGGGCGCCGGCGGCUCCACUUCUGAGUUAACGAUGGACCUCACCCUAAAAAUGAAGGCCAUGGGCCUCGAGCCGAACAUGCACCUGACGUGCACGAACGUCGAGCGCAAGGACGUCAUCAAAGCUCUACAAACUUGUAAAGAUAACGACGUCCGGAACAUCGUUGCGUUGAGGGGUGACCCCCCCCACGGCCAGGAGAAGUGGGAGGCGACGGAGGGCGGGUUUGAAUGCGCUCUCGACUUAGUGAAGUUCAUCCGGAGGGAGCACGGGGACUAUUUUUGUUUGAGCGUCGCGGGCUACCCCGAGGGCCACCCGGACACGAUCGUUCACGUGGGUGAUGACGAAACGAAACUCAGCGCUUCGGAGAGGACUCGCUGCAGGGUCACGGACGAAGACGGCCAGAGGAAAGUCUACGUCUGCCCCGACGCGACGUUCAAGCUGGAAAUGGAUUAUCUGAAGAAGAAGGUCGACGCCGGCGCCGACGCGAUCAUCACGCAGAUGUUCUUCGACGCGAACACGUAUGGGGCCUUCCUCAAAGCUUGUCGCAAGCAUGGUAUUAACGUACCGGUCAUUCCCGGUAUUAUGUUGGUGCAAGCUGCUGGAGGUUUUAGAAAAAUGACGGCCAUGUGCAAGACGCGCGUGCCGGCGGCGGUCAAGGAGAGUGUGGAUGCCAAAGCCGAUAAUGAUGUUGCUUUGAAGGCCUACGGCGUGGACUUGGGGGUGCAGAUCUCUCAUGAACUACUUGCUGUCGGCGCGCCGGGGCUCCACUUCUACACGCUGAACCUGGACAAGACGACCUUAGCUAUUGCCAAGAGGGUCGCGGACGACCGCGCGUCGUCGAGAACAGCGAGAGACUGGCUCAAGGCCGCGGCGCUCGCGGCCGGCGCGGCUGUGUUGGUUGCGCUGCUCCGGCGCAAGUGAGGGGUGGGGUGGCCGCCGCGCCGCCAGGCUUCGGCGCCGCGCCGGCCGAGUAAUCACUAGUACUCUA